AUGUAUCUCAACUUCUCGACUAAUAGCCUGAUCAUUGGCUUGCUGGCUACCCUGGUGCUCGCUGCUCCUCCUCGCGAGCAUGACUUCGUCACUCAUCGGCCAGCGCUGCCUCCUUCCUACCCUCUGGCUGUCCGAAGCCCGUAUCUCUCAGCAUGGAUGCCCAGCGAUCAAGUCCGGACGUUGCCCUAUGCCGAACCCCAGUUCUGGGCAGGCCAGAGUCUCACCUGGUCGGUGAUGGCGCGCGUCAAUGGUCAGGCGUACAGUCUGAUGGGCAUCAAGGAUCCCGAUGAGAACAUACGUCCGGCCAUUGUUGAAAGCGCCGAGUAUACGGCGACCCAUUCGAUCUUCACCCUUUCGGCUGGCUCAACGAUUUUCACCUUGGACUUUUUCUCUCCUAUAUCUCCCUCAAGCUAUCUACGACAGUCUCUCCCGUUCAGCUACUUGACCGUGUCUGUAUCGUACGCAGCCUUUAAGAGAAUUGAAAUCUACUCCAGCAUUGACGGUACAUGGACUGGACGGCCGCAAAAUACGACUCGCGAUUUUAUAAUCACCGGCUGUACUCAUGUUUUCUCCCUGGGGGUGGACGAUGCCAUCCCAUUCUCGGAAGACAAUGAUAUGGCCACUUGGGGUGAAGCCGUCUUUGCCUCUCGAUCAGACUCGUUUAGAGUCUCUUUCGCAUCAGGCAAAAGUGAGGAUGUGCGUUCUCAAUUUGUACGGACCGGGAAGCUGGCGGAUAAGAACCCACCCUGGGUUCCCGGGGGAGUUGUGGCAUUGGCGCACGAGUUAGGACCUGUCGACCGGCUACAAUCCGUGACAUUCGCAGUUGGACACGUGCGCGAGGAGUCCAUCAAUUACCUGGGCAAGCCUUACACCGGAUAUUACCGAUACCAACACCCGAAGCCUCAUCACGCGGUCUCCCACUUCCUAAAGGAUUAUCCCGCUGCACACCGGGAGUCCUGGGCCUUGGAUAUGGAAAUGAAAAUUCAGGCCAAUAAAGCGGGGGGUAAGAGGUACGCGGACAUUGUCACUCUGUCCGCUCGUCAGGCCUACGGAGGGAUUGAAGUGACCAUUCCUAACGAUACACUUGACACCACCGACGUUCUGGCGUUCAUCAAAGAGCUUUCCAGUGAUGGAAACCUCAACACGGUAGAUGUUAUCAUGCCCGCAUUUCCACUCUACUAUACUCUAAAUCCAGACUACAUCCGGCUCCUGCUUGAGCCGAUGAUGCGCUACCUGGCUACUGGGCGCUGGCAAAAGCCAUAUGUGAUCCAUGACAUGGGCACGCAUUACCCUAAUGCCACCGGUCAUGACAAUCAGCAGGCCGAGCCAAUGCCCAUUGAAGAAUGUGGCAACCUGUUGGUGCUCGUUCUGGCCUAUGUACGAGCAACGGGUGAUACCCAAUGGGCCGCCCAGUACACGGACCUUUUGCAGGGCUAUGCGGACUAUCUGGUUGACAAUGGCGUCGACAUCACGGAGCAGCUGUCCUCCAACGAUGCGGCUGGCGCUCUAGCCAACGAGACCAAUCUUGCCAUCAAGGCCGCCGUCGGGAUCAAGGCGUUUGGCGAACUCACCGGGCGCGCUGAAUACUCUCGGAUUGGGCAAGCACGCGCGGAUCUUUUCUUUACCCAAGGCCGGGGGACUGACGAAGAAAAGACCCACUUUGUGCUGCAAUAUCCCGACAAGCCUGCCUCUUGGAAGAUCCCUUACAAUCUCUACCCAGAUGUGUUAUUGGAUCUGCAAACCUUCCCCAAGGGGGCAUAUGAAAUGGGGAGCACCUUCUUCAAGUCGGUCCGGGCCGAGUAUGGAGUCCCGUUGGAUAACCGGCAAGACUGGGCCAAGUCGGACUGGAACAUGUGGUUGGCUGGCACCAUGGAUUCCAGCACUCGCGCCGAGUUUGUGGAUGAUCUAUGGACCUUCAUGACCAACGGCAAACACAAUUGGCCGUUCUCCGAUCGCUACGUUGCCACCUCCUCCAAGGGCAACAGCCCGGGGGUGCCUGUCCUGUGUCGAGCUCGGCCAACUGUGGGGGGCCAUUUUGCUCUGAUGGCACUGCAAGGACCCAAGUCACUCCAAAAAGCGCCCCGUCCUCCACACAACUUCGGUCCCCAAGGCUAUCCCCUCCCCAACGGUGCCGUUCCCUCGGGUCCUGUCCCCGGCGCCGCCCCUCUCCUCCCAAACAAUGGUCGAAUCAUUCAGAAUGGACCCGUCAGAGUGCUGUGCAUUGCGGACGUGCGAGGUAAUCUGAAGUCUUUGAAUGAACUGGCCAGGCAGGCCCGUGCAGACCAUAUCAUCCACACCGGUGACUUUGGUUUCUACGAUGACACCUCCCUCGAGCGCAUUGCCGACAAGACCCUCAAGCACGUGGCUCAGUACUCGCCUCUGCUGCCCGAGAACGUGAAGCGAACUAUCGCCCAGACUCCUCCCCAGCAGUCCAUCAAGCAACGGUUCACUCCCGAUCAGCUUCCCCUCUCAGAGCUUCCCAUGUUGCUUGACAAGCGCCUCACUCUCGAUGUGCCUGUCUACACUGUCUGGGGUGCCUGCGAGGAUGUUCGUGUGUUGGAGAAGUUCCGUUCGGGGGAGUACAAGGUUGACAAGCUGCACAUCAUUGAUGAAGCCAACUCGCGACUGCUCGACAUUGGCGGCGUCAAGCUCCGCCUCUUGGGACUGGGAGGAGCCGUGGUUAUGCACAAGCUGUUCGACAAUGGCGAAGGCAAGACCACGAUUGCCGGUGGCCAAGGCACCAUGUGGACAACCCUGCUGCAGAUGGGAGAGUUGAUUGACACAUCAAACCGUGUAUACGACCCCUCAGAGACCCGGAUCUUCGUCACGCAUGCGUCGCCUGCCCGUGAGGGUAUGCUGAACCAGCUGUCCGUCACCCUCAAGGCUGACUUCUCCAUCUCCGCCGGCCUGCACUUCCGCUAUGGGUCGUCCUACAACGAGUUCUCCGUGAACCCCUCGCUGGACCACUACCGAGGCAAGCUCGCCGCCUCGAAGGCUUCGUUCAAUGACGUAUGGGAGACUGUCCGGGGUGAGGUCGAGGCCGCCAUUUCGCAGAACGAGGCUCAGAAGACUCUGUUGGACAACGCUCUUGAGGUAGUGAACAGGAUGCCCACUGUCGCUAACGGUGGCAAUCCGUUUGGUGGACCCGCUGCCCCCGGCAAUGCCGCUGGCCAGGUCGACGAAAGCGCCUUUAAGAACAUGUGGAACUUCAACUUGGCGGAUGCGGCGUUUGGCUUCCUGGUUCUUGAGAUUGAGGCGGGCCGCAUCGCGACUGAAAUGCGCGCUCAAGGAUUCAACUUCGCCCACCGUACCGGCAAGCCCCAGCCUGCUGCCCCGGCCCAGCCCGCUCCAGUGCCCACGGCUCCCCCCGUCAACAUUCCCUCCCCUCGUGUUCCCGGUGCUGCUCCCCAGUUCGGUCAAGCUCAGCCUGUUGCUCCCCGCACGGCUCUUCCCCAACAGCAGCAACCUUCGGCACAGCAGCCUGCGCAGGCCAAGGCCCCCGCUGCCGCUCCCGCUCGCACAUCCCCCGUUCCCGUGAUCCCGAAGCCUGCCACCCCGCAGCCCGCUAACGCCCCUGCUGCGCAGCCUGCCGCGGCGUCCCCGGAGAGAACCACAGCCACCGAGCCCAACGGUACCGCCCAACAUGAGAAGGUAUCCGAGUCGCCUCUGCCUAAGGUUGAGAAGAAGCAGAGCAAUGCGCUGUUCCUCUCGAACGUUGAAAAUGAACAGGCGGCGCGUGAUCUCUUCCACGAGGAGGACAAGGCCAAGAUUGUGCGGAUCGAGAAAUGGGGCAAGUACAACAAUCAUGUUGUCCACUUCUCGACCGUUGACGAGGCCAAGGCCGCUCUCGAUCGUCAGCCCGCAGAGCACAAGAAGCCCAGCCCAGCUGGUCAGCCCCGGAAGCCCAACGUCAAGUUCUUUGAGGAUCGGGGCGGUCAUCGCGGCAACGCCGGUACUUGGCAGGGUAGCAACCGUGGUGGCAACACGUCCCAACGCGGCUACCAGAGCGGAGGUGCCAGUGACAGCGAGACUAACCGGGGUCGUGGAUUCCGUGGCCGUGGUGGUGGGCGCGGCGACCGCGGGUCUCGUGGCGGACGAGGUGGUCGCGGUGGCUUCAACAAGGGAGCCCCGACUUCUGACUCGGGCCCUGGUGACAAGCCAGCUGCCACUGGAGGCGAUGCUUGA